AUGAAGGAUGCAACUUGGCACCAUAAUGUUCGCCACUGUUACGUAGAUAAUAUCCCCUUCCUAAAAAAUGUAGAAGGUCCACACAGAUUUAACAUAAAGGACCAAGUGGAGAAAUACGAGAGGAAGAAAAAAAACAUAAAAAGAGAAAUAUAUAAAUUUAUAAGUGGCAUAGGAAAGGGAUAUAAGCCAAGACAUCACAUGAAUUAUAACCUUGGCGUUCUAUGCAGAAAAUCUACAUCCCAUUUGAAUAUGUCAUCACUGAGCACUCAAUAUGGAGGUACCAUAAAUGGAUAUGCAGGCGAAGUCCAAAGAGGGUGUAGCAUUUUUAAAAAGGGAAGGAACUAUAAAAAGAAAAUAUCCCUUUACAGGGAUUACGAAAAUGAAGUAAAUUUGGGGGGUCAUAAUUUUUUAUGGAAUUCAGAUGCGUAUCACGAAAGCAGAUAUCAGAAUUACCUUCAUAUGUUUAUCAAAAGUAAGGAGUUGGAUUAUUCAUCCAUUUUUGAUGAGUACAACUAUAGACGACGGGUACCCGCUUUUGGAAUGUUCCAAUCAGACGGGCAUUCACACUUGGGGGGAAGGAAGUUGUAUCGGGAGGUUCACCAAAAUAAUUAUAAGGGUAGAGUAGGACCACGUUGGAGGGAUUCAGGUGAUGGAUUUCCUACCUGUGGGGUUAUAGCCUCUGGACUUUCUUCCCCAGGGAAGAGCAUGAAGCUCGGUGUGCAAAAACGGGCUAUGCACAGACAGAAUCGAAGCAGUCACCAAAGAAGUAGCAGCAGCUGCUCGAACGAGUCCACAAAAAUCAUCGACCAGUUUGUGAAAAGCAUCGAAAGGAAUCAUUCAGGGGAAAAGGAAAAAGGAGAAAAUAUGGAUUGGAAAAAAGUAAAUUUUUGCGCGGUCCUCUCAGAGAAUGACCCCCUACACGGAAUGAGCAUCCCAAAAUCGAGUAUCCCGAACUGCUACUCAAUUACAAGGAAGGAUAGUAAAACCCACGGCGAUUAUCAGGAGGCCUCAACGGUGCUCUUACAAUAUGAACAGAUAGUUAAGGACAACAGAAAAAUGUUGAAUCUACUGCAAAGAGUGAUGCACCAGAUUGAAAUGACGGGCAGUAGUGAAAUAAAUAAAAAAAUUGAAAAAGGUAUAAUUAUGUACUUGAAGAAAGUCGAAAGGAUGAUGAGAAAAUAUAAGGAAGCACUGAAAUGUGAUGAUUUUAGUAAAAGUAGAAGACUGUAUCGCCAUUUCCGGACCAACGAAAUUGUCAUGCUAAGAUGUGUAUUGAACUAUGUCAUCGACCUCAUGCGCCAUGUAAAGUAUGAGUGCAAGGAUCUUCGUCGGGAAAUCGAGCGAGAAAUUUGCGAGGUGGAGCUGGCAAUUUGGCAAACCCUCGGGCAGUCGCCCCCCUCCAUGAGACACUCGGCCUGA